AUGAGUCCUUCUAGCGAUGACGCCGAGGCUAACAAGGCUGAGACCCUACCAAAACCAAUUUUUCAAGACGCCUCGUUACCAACAUGGAGAUUUUGGCUGCUCAGUAUCGGACUUUGUUUGGGCCUCUUUCUGGCAAUGUUGGACUCUUCCAUCGUAGCCACGAGUCUGUACACCAUCGGUGCCGAGUUUGAAUCAAUGGAGCUCAUAAACUGGGUUGCUCUCGCAUAUACGCUUACAUAUCUCAGCUGUGCAGUCUUGUUUGCGCGAUUAUCGGACGUUGUUGGCCGACGAAACGCCUUUCUGGCAAGCUUUGUCAUUUUUUUCGGCUUUUCUCUUGGUUGUGGCUUUGCCCAGAGCUUGGAGCAAUUGAUUGCUUGUCGCGCACUACAGGGCCUAGGAGGUUCCGGCCUGUACUCGAUCACCAUGAUCAUUUUCCCAGAGGUGGGCCCCAGGCAUUUGCAACAGCACAUCGCCAGUCUAGUAGGGAUGGUCAUCGCAAGUGCCGGUGUUCUGGGCCCAGUGCUGGGUGGUAUUCUCACCCAUUAUGCCUCGUGGCGGUGGGUGUUCUGGAUCAAUGGUCCCGUAGGACUUGUCUCCAUGGUUGUCUUCUACCUGACGUGGCCGCAAGCUGAGCAUCUUCCGACACUGCAACGAAGAUCCUGGAAAGAGUUGGACUUUGUAGGAUCUUGCCUCCUUAUAGCGGCUUCUGUGCUCGUUGUCUUCUCGUUCCAGAAUGCGGGUUCGGACGGAAACAAGUGGCAACAAGCUGACUUCGUCGUUCCAAUCACCGUUGGUACCGCCUGUUUUCUUGCUCUGUUGGGCUGGGAGGUUUUAGUUGCCCGGGUUUGGGAGAAAAGGAUCAUGGCUGCCAUUCCAAUUCGCCUCCUACGUAACCACGUUUACGUCGCCGCCAUGUUCAACACGAUGUUUCUCGGCUUCCCGUACCUUCUUGUUGUAUAUUCAUUUCCUAUUCGUAUGCAGGUUGUCAACAGCAAAAGCGCCUUGCUCGCAGGCAUACUUCUCUUGCCAAUGCUAGGGUCUGUUGCAUUGGGCAGUACUCUCGGUGGAUUGAUGAGCAAAAGCAGGAACUUCCUUUUUGAGACGAUGUUUGUCGCUAGCUGCUUCAUGACUCUUGGCUGCGGUCUGUUGACGACAUUGUCUUUGUCGACUGAACUGGAACCGAAAGCCCUGGGCUUUCUUACUCUGGUAGGAUUUGGGUUUGGGCUGUCGGCUACAUCGUCCACCAUCCUCGCCACAACGGAGUCUAAUAUCUUGGAUCAUGCCCCGGCCCAAGGGAUUAUCGCGCAGGUCCGAAUUCUUGGUGGUAGUUUGGGUAUCGCAGCUUCGACGGCGAUUCUGGGCACCAUGAUGCGAGAAGAGCUUGCAGGGCUCGUCGAGCCUGAACAAUUAUCAAUUCACGGAGCAGGAAUGGCCUUAUCGGAGACGCAAGCCACGGCCGUACGAAAAGUUUACGCAGAUUCAUUCCGGCAAGCAAUGAAAGUGAGCACCAUCUUGUCGAGCAUUGCAAUCCUAAUCAGUUUGGGAACGUACCACAGGAAUCGGGUCUCAAUAGAAGUGAAACGGCAGCUGCACAUCAAGGCAGAAAUAGAGAGGAGGCGGAGGGAAUCGGGGGCAACAACACUAGUAUCAUCAACAGAGUAA